ACCCAUUAGGGCAUAAUUUAGAUUUGUUAAUUGUUUUAGUAUAUGUGUAGAGCCUAUUCAGUCGGUAUCAGUUCUAGACGUCAGAUACACCCAGUUUUGUGAUUUAACUGGGUACGUGGUUAAAUGGUUGAUUCCAUUGAGCCAUAAUGGCACCGCGACGUUACUUCGGAGUGUGCAAGGAUGCAGAAGGCUUGUGAAAUGGUGGUACCGCUGCUGCGGACCGAUGCUGCAAGCCAAUGGUGUCCUUUCCAUACCCUCAAUGUAGAGAUUCUGCAGUUACUACUUAAUGAAGGUUUCAUCCGUGGCUAUUCGGUGCACGGCGAUCGCAUAAACAUACUUCUAAAGCAUUACAAAGGUGCGCCGGUAAUUCGCAAUGUGCGCGUAAUAUCGAAACCCAGCCGCGAUAUCUGGGUCACUCCGCACGAACUGCGAGCUCGUACGCGGUUUAAUACAGGGCUAUGGGUAAUCCAAACAUCAUGUGGAGUGGUGUCACACCGUGAUUGCAUACGCAUGGGCAUUGGUGGUAAAAUGCUAUUUGCUAUAAACAAUAACUACCAACACUUUUGCUAAAUCGCUUGGCUUCACUGUUGCCUAUAACACACCUA